ACGGCACCGCGUAUUACGUCCCCUCUUUUACUUUCUAGGGUUUCCAGUGAAGCCAAACGAAAUCCCAACUCGCAGUCACAGAAGCCAAACUUCGGAGCCAAGAAAAAUGGGAGGCAAGUGCCCACACAGAAGCGUCAAGAAAAGGAGAUACUCUCACAAGACUCACCGCCGCGCCAAAUUCCUCGUCAAUGGUGAUGAUAUGGUGUAUGAUAGUCUGAAUAAGGCAGAUGAGCAGACGAAGCCAUUGCCUCCUGAUCAAGAUCUCCCUGGGAUGGGUCAAUUCUACUGUCUUCACUGCGACCGGUACUUCAAUAAUGCGGCGGUGAGGGAUGACCAUUUCAAGACAAAGCGUCACAGGAGGCGUGUAAAGCUGCUGAUGGAAGCACCACACACCCAGCUGGAUGCUGAUUUAGCUGCUGGGAUGGGUAUGCCUGAUAAUGGUCCCAAGCUUAUGUCUUUCUGAGCUUUCUUAUUUUUGCUUUUUAUAUUCCUUGUAGCUGAAGAUACAUGAUACAUGCUGAUGUCGUAAGAAUGGUCUCUCUCUAUAAGAAGAUAUAGUUGUUACUUGUUUGUGAAGUACAAGUGCACGAUUUUUCACCA